GCCUCGUUGCCUUGGGAGACGACCCGCGACCUGGGAGUGAACGAAUCCGUUUCCCGCCGGCGGGAGCUGCGGCUGUGUCUGAGCAAAGGGCUCGGAGCUGCACCACCAUGGCGGAACAGCUGUAUCUGGAAAACAUAGACGAGUUCGUCACGGACCAGAACAAGAUCGUGACCUACAAAUGGCUAAGCUAUACGCUAGGAGUUCAUGUUAACCAGGCAAAACAGAUGCUCUAUGAAUAUGUUGAAAAGAAACGGAAGGAAAAUUCGGGAGCUCAGCUGCAUGUUACCUACUUGGUGUCUGGCAGUCUUAUACAGAACGGACAUUCUUGCCACAAGGUUGCAGUAGUGAGAGAAGAUAAAUUGGAAGCAGUGAAGUCCAAGCUCGCUGUGACGGCCAGUGUCCAUGUGUACAGCAUCCAGAAAGCUAUGCUGAAGGACAGUGGGCCUCUGUUCAACACCGACUAUGACAUCCUUAAAAGCAAUUUGCAGAACUGCAGCAAGUUUAGUGCCAUACAGUGUGCGGCGGCCGUCCCCAGAGCUCCUGCAGAAUCCUCAUCUUCCAGAAAGUUUGAGCAGUCAAGUCUUCAGGCAGCAAGUGAGACACAAGCCAAUGAACUGACCACCAAUGGCCAUGGCCCACCUGCCUCCAAACAGGUGUCCCAGCAGCCCAAAGGAAUCAUGGGAAUGUUGCUCUCUAAAGCUGCUACUAAAACCCAAGACACCAACAAGGAGACGAAAGCAGAGGCUAAAGAGGUAACAAAUGCAUCUUCAGCUGGGGGCAAAGCACCAGGAAAAGGAAAUAUGAUGAGCAACUUUUUUGGAAAAGCAGCUAUGAAUAAACUUAAAGUCAGUUUGGAUCCAGAGCAAGAAGUGAAAGAAGAAAAAACAGUGGAGCAGCCUCCGGUGUCUGUCACUGAAACAAAGCUGGCAGCUCCCACAGCUCUGAAGAAAUCCAGCAGGAAGGCAGAGCCUGUGAAGAUGCAGCAGAAGGAAAAGAAAUGGGGGAAGCGAGUAGACUUAUCUGAUGAGGAAGCCAAGGAAACGGAAAACCUGAAGAAAAAGAGGAGGAGAAGAAUCAAGCUUCCUCAGUCUGAUAGCAGUGAAGAUGAAGUCUUCCCAGACUCUCCUGAAAUGUAUGAAGCAAAUUCACCAUCUCCACCUCCUCCUGCAUCUCCACCUCCUGAGUCUGUGCCAAAACCUGAGUCUCCUCCUGUCAAGAGUUCAAGUGGAGAAAACAAAAGAAAACGAAAGCGUGUACUGAAAUCUAAAACCUUUGUGGAUGAAGAGGGCUGCAUAGUGACUGAAAAAGUCUACGAGACUGAAUCAUGCACGGACAGUGAAGAGGAGGGAAAGAUGAAGGUGGCGCCAGUACACAGGUCCCCUGCCGCUGCUGUGAAAAAGGAAACCAAAGAGGAGCCGCGAAAGGGCCCCAAGAAAGGGACCGCAGCUCUGGGCAAAGCCAACAGACAAGUGUCCAUUACUGGCUUCUUCCAGAAGAAGUAAAUGCUGUCCCUGGCAGGACUUGGGGUGGUCAAGGGAGAAGACCAGCAAGUAUAGACUGUCACUUACUGUGUAAGUUUGCCUAGCUCCUUGCCUCAUCUGUAUCAAAAUGCUGCACUGCCAUCACGUGACACUUGGACUAUUUCUAGGUGUUUUUUUUCUAACCAAAAGGGAGUCACCUAGAAGCAGGAGGCAAAAGAUAUUUUAAAAGCUGUUACAUUGUAAUGAGUUUAUAAAGCACAAUUUCUAGCCUGCCUAGAAGAAUUCAUUUGAGAAUUACCUGCUGGGCCCCACUCACACCAUGUUCCUCUUCUGGUCCUCUGUAUUCUGUGAGCUUGUGUGGCAGUGUUUUUAUUUUAUGAAUUCUACUGGAUGUCUUCACCACUUCUCACUUUCCUCUCCGUGCCGACACACUUCUGUUCCCUGACCCCACAAAUCUGUUUUCUGUAAAACUUUUAAAUCUUGGUCAGACAAAAAGCUAAAACUAAAAUCUUCUGUAAUCCCUUAUUUCUGUCAUAUAGCAAGUGACACUCAGCUGCAGGCAGACCACAGAAGCUCUCCAGAACUUUGCUCACACUCAGUGGUUAGGACAGAGCACAAAUACCGAACCUCACUAAGAGUCAGCAUGGCAGCCACUGGCAGAGCUGCCGUGUUAACACAGGGUACACAGUCUACACUGUGUUCACGGUUUCUUUCUCCCCAAUACAUUUCCAGUCUCAGCACCCAGAGAGUGGAUAGUGCAGUGAGACAGAGUAAAGGGAGGAGUGCCAGGCCCAUCCCAGGAAGGCAUGGAGACCUAAGGCACACAUUAGGAGAUGUUGCUCCUCUGUGUUUUCAGGUCCUCCC